CAGCUACUGUGUGAAUCAUGCUUGUGAAUGGCAGAAGACUGUUGGCGUGAGAUUACAAAGUCCCUUGUUUUCCUUUCAGUCUUUCAGGCGGACCCGGGCGAAAUGUUUGGACAUGGAUUUCUGACUUUCUCACUCUUAAAAUGUUCUUCAUGUGCAAGUCAUUCAUAUUAUAUCACCUUUGGUCUGAUCCUUGUCUACUAUGCGACGCUCUCCUUGCACACUGAAGCAGCUCCAGAGAAAUGCAAGUCAAACAGCAUUUCUUCCAAAUAUGGGCACUGUCAACUUCACCCAGAUGGAGUCCAUGAUUUGGACUGUUUUAAGAAACAUACAUCAGAAUUUACAUGUGUGUGGAAACCUGGAAAACACACAUCCAAAAAGAUGCAUACAUUUGUCAUACAACAAAUCGCAAAAAACCGUUGCAAUGUUUAUAAUAACGUCACCGGACUCUCUCUCUGGAGCUCAAUCUUUAGUAAAUACAACGUUACCGUUCAGGUAUUUGAAAACACUGAGUCAAAAAAUUGCACCAAAGCAGUUUUUGAAGGUUGUCCAAUGAACUUGGAGCGAUGUGGACCCCCAAAUAAUGUGACAAUCAGACGCCACUCUGGCAAACUAGAUAUGAAUGUAAUCUGGCCUCAGUAUGAUGAAAAGUAUGUUAAGUCUUACUCUGUGAGAUAUAAAGCACUGGGAAGCCUCCAAUGGAACGAGCCAGCCGUGGAGUCCCAAAAUGGAACUGCAUGCAGAGUGGAGAAUUUAAACUCCUCAGUGGUCUACAUUGUACAGAUACACUGUGUCAUCAAUAAUAGAUGUACACAGUGCCCAUGGAGUGAACCAUUCAUUGUCCCAUCAGAACUGAUGUCACAGCCUGUCAUCAUCGACCUUAGUGAAACCGACAUUGCAGAUAAGAGGGGUUCUCGCCUUAUUUCGAUAACCUGGAAGUCUUCUACCAAAGAGCUGCACGAUGGCUACAUUGUGACCAUUGGCAAAGAGUCAGGAGAGGACCCACACGAGCGGAUGUACACCACCCAGCCUCAGAUCAUGCUGAUUCUCUCCUAUUCAGCUUAUCGUGUGAACAUCAGCUCUUUCAGCAACACUAGCAUCUCUCCAGCUGUGAGCCGGACAAUACCACAGCGUGAAGACGUGCAGAGUUUGGAAGAUGGGGGGCUGAGGGUUAAAGUCCACAACAAAAUGUCCUUCACUAUCUAUUGGAACAAUGACCUCAUCAAAAAAUAUGUGUGCUAUUCUGCGGAGUGGAGGGAGGAGAGGAAUAAAGCGGCGUAUGUGUCCUUUUACCUGAAAGGCUCCAAAAAUAAGACCUUCUCUUCUUUAGCAGAACCUUUGAAGCCUCAUAAGAGAUACACAAUCAGCCUGCACGUGCGACCGAACAAGGACACCUGCAACAUGAAGCAUAUCAACAACAGCGAACGCACCUAUGGGAGCACCCAAUUUUAUUUAACAGAAGGACCUCCUGUGAGUGCGCCCGCAAACAUCAGCAGCUACAAUGUGACACAGAAUUCAAUGGUGCUGCAGUGGUCACCCAUCCCAGAGGAAGACACCAGGGGUUUCCUGCUGGGUUACACGAUCCACUACGCUGAGUACUACCACAUGGGGACAGAUACUGAGAAGAAUAUUACAGUGGAUCCAGAGCUUGACAGCUAUAAACUGGAGGAUCUCAAAAGCAGCACAGCAUACCAAGUCCAGAUGUCAGGUUUUACCUCUGCAGGAGCAGGAGUACGAAGCGCAUCAAGCAUCUUUAAAACACAUCACGAAGGAAGUUUUCAUCUCAGUGGUAUUAUCACAGUCUCUGCAGUUAUGGUCAUUCUCCUGCUAUGUGGACCACCAAUAAUAAAAAGAGCAAAGGUUGUCCUGUGGCCAAGCAUACCUAAUCCUGGAAUCAGCAAUGCAAUGCAGAAAAUAAACAGGCCCUGUGAACUGGAACUCCUCGAGGCAAUCAAUACUCUGAAGGUGGAAGAAUGGGAUACAAAAAGUCUCCACAUAGUUGAGAAGGAAGCUGUUCCCCCCGCUAACAUAUUGCCAUCAAUAUUACCGCUUCUUUGUGGCCUGGACAACGAGAGAGAUUCACCAGAAAUGACUUCUAACUGGAUCCAAAGAGAGACGGGCGACGCAGCUGGAGAUCUCUCUUCUGACAUUACUACAGACAGACAGCUGGAAACCCAGCAGACAGACCGACAGAGUUUUCCUUUUGCCUUUCCAAGUGGCUAUACCACAAUGGAAAUGCUUCAGCAGGUGAUGCCACAGGGCAGUACAGCUGUUAUCCAAGACAUGGAAAGCGAACCAGAGGACACAGACUUCACUGUGCUCAAUCCUAGACCAGGACUGGACUAUGUAAGACAAUUUAGCACCAGUCCAGUCUCGGACAGCGACCACUUGUCCACAAUUUUAUUAUAAAAGUCAAAUGGCGGAGCAUGAAGAGUAAAGAUCACUACAUGAACGACUCAGUCUUAAAGAUGAAAUAAGAACCACAGUAUAAAGCACUUUUUGAAGUAUAGAACAAAAUCAAGUCACCUCACUUGUCAGGUGGGACUCAUUUCUUUUUUAUGGAAUUCUUCAAUUUAUCUACACCAAGAUGCAAACAUGACUGAAAAACUCCCCUCUUUGCAAACCACUGCCACCAAGUGUUCAGAACUGUUGUGAAAUGGCUAAAGAGGUUUCUGUUAAACUGAUUUGGAAUCUGUUUUUUUUAAGGCUGUUCAUUGUCAGCGUGAAAAUGGUGGUUGCUCCCUUAAUGAAGAGUAUUGUGAAACCUGCAAUGCAGCAGUCUCAUCUGACUGUCUAUAAUUUCUUACGGUCAGCCCUUAUGCUUUUGCACACAGCAUAAACAAUAAGUAAUCUGGAGCCAUGAGGUGUUAGUUGAAAUGCUUUGUUAGACAUGCUGACGUAGCAUGCUGACAUUUAGUAAACCACAAUAAAUGCAAGCUAUGACUGUGGCUUAUAGGAAUUUUAUCAUGUUUGCAUAUUAGUUUUAACUGGAAAUAAAGAUGCUUGCCUUGCACCCUUCGGGGAGCCAGAGUGUCUAGCAAA